CGACCGUCCGCUUACUCCUCGCUCGGUUAGUGCAGUGAAUACAUCCAGGCAGUCAGGUUGACUCCGGUGGACUAGGGUUAUGUUAAAGAAUAUUGCCAGCUUAACCUCUGCGACAGCGGCUAGAUCGUCGAAGAUGACAAGUGUACACAGCGCCUACAAGGAGGAAGUCCAUGAUGUUCCAAUGUCGGUUAUCACUAGGCCCUUUAUUCCGGAGCUGGACGAGGCCAAAGUGAAAUCUCUCAUGGAAACAAUACAGAAGCAAGAGCUAGCAGGCAACGUCCCGCCAAUAGACAUACUUUGGAUCAAAGGCUCUCAAGGUGGCGAUUACUACUACAGUUUCGGCGGAUGCCACAGAUUCGCAGCCUAUAAACGUUUGAAUCGUCCCACGAUUCCCGCCAAACUGAUCAAAUCUACAGUUUCCGAUUUAAAGACUUAUCUCGGUAGCAGCACACCCGAUCUAAAAUAAACGUGGCUAGAGUAAUUUAAUAAUAUGGUUAUUUAUUUCUAUGUAAAAAUUGUAA